AUGUCACAUCAUUAUUCACCUAACUCAAGUAUAAUAUCCGGUCCCGGUGGGGAAACUCGAUCUGCGAGUGACGUAGGCGAUGGUACUGGACCUUUCAGCUACACGAAUGGCGAUUCCCGCCGAGACCAUGUUCGCUUCGCCGCUGAAUUAGGCAGCGCCGUUGAAGAAGCUGUUGCAUCGAUUGUCUCCAGACACGGAGGUGCUGGUGUUAACAAGAACCUUGCCUGGGAAGCCAUUCAGAGUCUCGCAAGGUCCAAGCUUGAUGGACUUACAGGCAACUUAAUAGCACAAGGGACCCAAGGCUUUUACACUUCUAAUGACUUUGUAUCUGCCGUUGGAGCUUCGCUUUUCUCUCCUGAAAAUGACGGCUCUAUGAACCACGGUGUUCCAUUGAUGACAGACUUGGAUGCGUUCUUCCUCGAUGAACAGCCUUUUGGGCUCGAAGAUUUUCAGACUCUGGAAGUUCCAGACUUCGGGCAUGCCAUUUAUGACGAUGGACCCUUUUCACAGAUGCCCAUUUCGACUCCCUCAUCCGGAACUAUUACUCUCCCGGCUAAUAGUCCAUCCUUACAAGAGCCGUGGCCUGAUGGAAUUUCCGUUGAAUCUUCAGCGACGGGAAGUACACACACUAUCACUGCUAGUCCUGCUUUUAGACACCAUGGUGUAGCGCCCAAGCACGCGGGACAAAGACUCACGAUACCUCCAGCACGGCACAACGAUUCUUGGCCCCAGCGAAGCUUCAGACCUUCGUCAAAGCGUUCCAUGGGCCAAGCUGAUCGCGUGACACAAGGUAACAGGGCAAAACCAUCUGACAGGCAACCAAGGCGCGGAAGACCGAGUGAAAGGCCUAGCUGUAUGCGCUGCAAGAUUCAGAAAAGAAGAUGCUCUGGGAACGCCAAAAUUUGCGAUUCUUGUCUGUCUUCUAUGUAUCAGGAGCUCUGUGUACCCGCGGAUUUCAAAGGGUCACGAACUCUACUUCAUAUAACUAUCGAAAUCUCAAAUGGAUUUGUAUCAACGUUGCAAGUGACAUUGAAGCCGUACAUCCCUGCCAACCAGGAUGCUCUCACUCAUGUCCUGUUUCGCGGGACUGAAGCUGGCAUGAUAACUCCGCGGGCUGAAAGCACAGCGUUUUCUCUGGAAGACGGUACUCUCAACCCGGAGAAGAUUGACGCCUAUUGUGAUAGUCUUGCAUUCGAUCUAGCAUUGAAUGAAGGGAGACGAAAAACAGACAGGAAUAGACUAGCAAGUCAUAUUCUUAUGUUUGCUACAACGCAAGGUGCAGAACUCCAAGAAUCGCCGAGUAUAGAGGGGAUCGGCUUAGUACGACUUGCGCUGCGGUUCUGGGCCAUGCAGGCUGUGUUUUUCAAGUAUCCCUGGACGAUUACGAAAGGUGCUUCGGACAUAGGCAUGUGGCCGCUUGAUAUACCUGGAUGUUGGUUCGGAAAGACACUACUCCCACGACUUGUCAACCAACAACUUGACAAGGCCUUCGAGAUCCGCAUGGAUGAACUUGAGCGAGAGAUUCUUGAACAACUCCAAGACAUGAUCCUCCGCCGUGACCGAAGCACGUACUGUCUCGAGAAAGACUCAUGGAACAUGCACGCCUGGGAGUACGAGAAGAACCGCGAAGGGGGAACCCGUUGGCCUUUGAGAAGGGACCCUUGUGAUUACUACGGCCAGAACAGACAUAUAGCAGAUAUACUGACGACAUAUUUCCGUAUUGUGACGAAUGGGCAUGCGCCAUUUGCCAUAGACUGGACAAAGGCUUCAAAUCAAGGGCUCCUGGGUGAGAGUCCCCAUACUCGGUCACUGAUUGAGGGCAUACAAAAGGAUCUGCAGAGUCCCCAGUCCAACUACAGGGGGGAGCUGGACGUCCCAAAUGAGUUCCGGAGAGAUGAUGUCGAGAGCUUGAACUAUCACUACACCAAGAGAUUAAUUUUGGGCUAG